AUGGCCUCGACGCAAGGAUCUACUGCCAUGCCCCGCACACGAACGAGGGCUGCGAGCCUGCCCGCCUACAUGAGGACUGCCCUUGCUUUUCUUCCUAUAAGGUCUCUGGGGAAGACUCCUCAACUCGUCGACGUAGUCAAAAUUGAAGCUAAUCCUCUUCCUAUCCCCAUCCGCUCUGUGACUAUGCCGCCUACUGUCGACCACACGUCAGAAACCGAACGGACGAUGCUGGCAGCAGAGAUCGAAGAUCUACGUCGACAAAUGGACGCUCUAUCAUCACAGCUGCGAGAAAAGCAAAUUCGUCUCAUGCGGCUUGCUUCUUACCUCCCCGACCCACCAUCUCUCCCUAUUUUUGCCUCUAUUCCAACCUCAUCUUUCUCGCCUCUUCGCGUGCAAAACUUCCCACCCGAGAUCCUCCAAAAUAUAUUCCAUCAUGUCGUCUUAUCCCACCCAUCCGCAAGAAUCACGCUUUCCCAAGUGUGCUUCUACUGGCGAAACUGCGCUCUUUCCUGCCCCUCCCUCUGGUCCGAAAUCACCAUACCAGUCCGACCCUCCUACACGGAAGGUUUCGUCAACACCACGACAGUGGCCUUCCAACGAGCGAAAGCAAGUGAACUUCGUCUACACCUGACGUACGAACUGAGCGACAGCGUCGCCUCGUCCUCGAUCACCGGGCCCGACUACCGACUGCUCGAUCUCGCUCUUUCCAGGCAACAUCUCUGGGGUACACUCGAGCUCGAUGUACGUGACCAACUCUGGACAGCACCCAUCCUCGACAGGCUCGUAGACGGGCUCGACGGAGCACACUGCCCGAAGCUGCGCGCGAUCGACUGGAAAACAGGAAUGAAGGCCAGCCCGAAGUUCGACCUGCUGCUGAGUCGACUUCUUGCAGGCUCGAACAAUCUACAACGUCUCAGCUUGCAGAGCCACGUUGAUCUCGUGCUCCCGAAGCCGAUACCGUCUCUCAAAAGUUUGGUUCUACAGCUUGGCCAACGACCACCGAUUACACAGCUUAGACUGUUCUUGCAAGGCCUACGGGGGUUGGUAGAGCUCACCCUUCCCGCACUCGACCACGAGGGGCCGACCCCGGCAAGUCCGAAUGGUCGAACAUCCACUAUCUGUCUUCUCGAGUUGGCAACUCUCACUAUCGACAUUACCGAUGACGCUGCCGAUGCGCGCUUCUUACGAGAGCUGGAUCUGCCCGCGUUGAACACGCUUGUCCUUCGACCGGAAGACAAUGUGACCGCGGAGCAUGUACACCGUGUUGUUCAGGACAGGGGUUGGCUUCUAGGAGUGGCGUAG